AUGCUUCAAGAAAUCUUGAUUCACACUAAUUCGAAAAUUCGGCAAAGACAGCGUGAUAAUGCGAAUGCUGCAGAUAAUGCGAAUUGCAAAGCUCCUUCUUACAUGCAAGAAACCACUAUUUGUGAGUUGAAAGCAUUUAUUGGCUUACUGUACUUAGCUGGCGUCACCAAAUCUAAUCGACAAUGUUUGAAAGAUCUUUGGCGAACUGAUGGAACUGGUGUUGAUAUAUUUCGUACCACCAUGUCACUGCAGAGAUUCCAGUUUCUUCAAAAUGCUGUACGUUUUGACGACAAAUCGACGAGAGAGGAGCGUAAACAAACUGAUAAUAUGGCAGCCUUUAGAAGCAUUUUUGACCAGUUUGUUCAAUGCUGCCAGAAUGCGUACUCUCCAAGUGAGUUUCUGACUAUUGACGAGAUGUUACUGGCAUUUAGAGGUCGAUGCUUGUUCCGCGUCUACAUUCCAAACAAGCCAGCUAAAUACGGGCUAAAAAUUUUAGCUCUGGUCGAUGCAAAAAACUUCUAUGUUUUGAAUUUGGAAGUUUACUCAGGCAAACAACCGCCGGGACCAUAUGCAGUCAGUAAUAAACCGUUUGAAGUAGUGGAGAGACUCAUUCAACCAGUUUCACGAUCACACCGCAACUUAACAUUUGAUAACUGGUUCACUGGAUAUGAGCUAAUGCUGCAUCUACUAAACGAGCAUCGACUUACGUCGGUUGGAACUGUACGGAAGAAUAAGAGACAGAUUCCUGAAUCUUUUAUUAGAACUGACAGACAACCAAACAGUUCACUGUUUGGGUUUCAAAAAGAUAUUACACUUGUUUCCUAUGCGCCAAAGAAGAACAAGGUGGUUAUUGUUAUGUCCACUAUGCACCAUGACAAUUCAAUAGAUGUAUCUACAGGCGAGAAACAAAAGCCUGAAAUGAUAACAUUUUAUAACUCGACCAAAGCUGGCGUUGACGUGGUUGAUGAAUUAAGUUCCAGUUAUAAUGUUAGUCGCAACAGUAAACGGUGGCCUAUGACUUUAUUCUAUGGUGUAUUGAACAUGGCAGCUAUCAAUGCUUGCAUUAUAUACCGAGCAAACAAAAACGUCACAAUCAAGAGAACGGAAUUCAUUCGUAAUUUGGGCUUAUCAAUGAUUUACGAACACCUACAUUCAAGAAAAUCAAAAAAGCAUAUUCCAAACUACAUCCGCCAGCGAAUCUUAAAACAGCUCGGUGAGCCCUCACCUAGACAUGUGAAUAUACCCGGACGAUAUGUCAGAUGUCAGGAUUGUCCAUACAAGAAGGAUAGAAAAACCAAAUAUUCCUGCAAUGCUUGUGCCAAGCCCAUAUGUAUGGAGCACGCAAAAUUUAUUUGCGAAAAUUGUGCUGAUCUCGACAGUAGUGGUUAA